UUUGUUUCUGUGGAUGCGCUACCCUUUCCGAACACUAGAUGACGCCACUUAGGCAGACAACAAAAUACGGAGGGGUCUACGAACAAUAAGAAACCUAAAACAAAUGAAAACAUAUGUAUCUAUUUUAUUUUGAUUGUUCGUUUAUUUCGUUACCUUCAACACUGAACAAUUUAUACACGUGGCAUGCAUGUCAGAAGCAAAAGAAAUAAUGACAAUAGGUAAUUGAAAAUAGGAACAACCUUUGUCUGUUCAAAUGAAUUUUUGAAAUUGAAUAUAUGAAAUAAAAUAUCUUUAUAAUUUGUGAAAUUCGUGUUUUCGCACCAAAUGACUACUAACCCCAAUCUGGUUGACCUGCAAGGGACUCAAGCACACAGACAAGCCCAUGCUAUACUUUGAAGCUGGAAAUUGUUGUUAUAACUGAAUUUCCAAGCUGGAUAUGUUUGCAGGUGGUUUGGAGAUCUAUGGAUAGAUAGACCGAAGUGACCACUAGAUGACCUUUAACAUCCAGGGAGUGCUGUGGUUUGACUCCAGGGGCGAGAAAAGUUUAGACCCAUGGACAGGUGCUAACCCCCACCACCGAACCCCUCACCCACUGCUCAGCCUACCACCAGCUUUGGGCUCCCUUUGCAAUGCCACGCAGGACCAACGACCAUUGGGGCAUUCCAACAACAUUAGCACCCGAUUGCAAGUUUACAAUGCUGCGCCCUAACAGAAAUGCGAGGUUACAGCGACUCCGAUUGGCUCAGGAUUUGGACUGCAAAUUACGGGAGAAAUCAAUGCUCGUUUAUUACACGCUAUGUAUUCCAAAAGCCGCCAUUAAAUGCGCAUCUUAAAAAGCAGCAACAACAACAACAACAACAAAAACCUCAAAACUCAACUCAAACACCGACAGCCUGUUGCGGUCACGUUGUUGUUGUUGUUGUUGUUGUUACAGCAAAGCAGCCGACAGGGGGCGCUCCAACUUCAACUAACUUUAAACGGAACUUGGAUCGUGUCCACCAGCUGCAACUCAUUGCAACUACUUUUGUUUUUGUUUGUUUUUUUUUCUUUUUUCUUUCAAUGCUCAAUUGUUGCCCGUAUUCGUUGAGCCCGAGGGUGCGAGCGUGAAAUGCGUAAUUCGAUUCGCCAUUUGCAGCAGUCUAGGGGGGGGGGCCGCUGGUGGCCUACCCCGACACAACUGGGUGUGUCUUUGGGGGGAGGGGGGGGGGGCGUGCCCACCCACCACGCUGCAGCUUCUCCUCCCUGGUCAACUAUUUGAGGAGGCGUCCGUGCAGUGAUUCCUGAUCACACUUUGUGAACUUCCACGGAUGUUGGCGUGGCCCCCUUUUUUGUUUUUUGUUUUUUUUUCCUUCUUUGUGUGUGUGUGUGUGUGUGUGUGUGUGUGUGUGUGACUCCACAACAAGCCUCCCAAAGUAGAAGAGGACGCUUGCGGCACCUGAGCGCGCUCCGUGGGAAUUACUUCUGCAUUGAAAACGACAACAUGCCUCGCUCCUUCCUUGUCAAGAAGUACUUUUCCAGCAAGAAAGCUUGCUACCGAGAUAGCCUCCUGGAGAGCCAAAGUGCGUUUGUCCCGGAAAGCUUCCCACGCGCUGACCUUCCCACGCAGAACCUGAGCUCAGCCCUCACCUGCCCCCCCUCGGAUCCAUCCACGCGCACACUGACCCCCGAGGCCCCGGCGUCCCUCCCUCCAUCCCCGCUCGGGCCUCUGGACCUCAGCAGCAGCAGCAGCAGCAGCGGCGGCGAGGAAGAGGAAGAGGAAGACAACGGCCGCUCUUCCGACCCCCCCAGCCCGGAUGUCCUCCAACCCGUCUACGGCUGCGUGUACUGCGGUAAGAGCUACGGCAGCGUCUCGGCGCUGUCCCGCCACCAGACGCCCAGAAUCUGCGCCGAGGCGUCGGCGUCCCGGCCGGCCUUCCGUUGCAAACACUGCCCCAAGGAGUACACCAGCCUGGGCGCCCUGAAGAUGCACAUCCGCUCCCACACGUUGCCGUGCGUGUGCCCCACCUGCGGCAAGGCCUUCUCCAGACCGUGGCUGCUCAGGGGACACAUCCGCACACACACAGGUGAACGUCCGUUCGCUUGCCAACACUGUAACCGGGCCUUCGCCGACCGCUCCAACCUCCGGGCGCACCUGCAGACGCACUCGGAAGUCAAGAAGUACCAGUGCGGCUCCUGCUCGCGGACCUUCAGCCGCAUGUCUCUGCUGCACAAACACAACGCCGCCGGAUGCGGCGACGUCGCCUCGUAGACCGACCCCCCUCGCCCCCAUUCCCAGGAGCCUCCCCGUUGGCUCCAUUCUUUUUUUUUUUUUUUUUUCCCAAUUUCAGAGCUGAGAUUCAAAAUCGUCAACAGUGAGUGCAUGUAUGACACGAGAGGAGCUGAACGUGCGGUUGAACCCCAGGAAACUCCCAUCGGUGCCGGCCGGUCCGGGACUCUGGCUACGCUGCAGCUGCUUGAGUGUGUUUUCGUGCAUACGUGUGGAUGCCAUUCCUUGUUAUGCAGGCAAGAUGUGUGUGUGUGUGUGUGUGUGUGUGUGUGUUGAGACAGCUGCCUGUGCAGGUGGGUGACGGGUGACCUCCACUCGCCCACCUCCUCUGCGCCAAAUGACCUGACCACUAUAGCUUGACCAAAGGACCUAGUUUGUUUCCCCCCAAUAUUUCUCUGGUGUCUUACUGCUGUGUAACUUUUUAAUAUUUUGACAUCACAUUUUUUAAUUUUGUCAGUCACAUUUGUGCACCCCCUUGCCACAUGUAAGUAAAUAAAAGCUUUGCUGUACGGGGAAGAAAAAAAAAACAAAAAAAAAACACCUCCUUCCUGUCAUCCUGUUUAUUUCAACAUGCUCCAAUAUUAAUGAACGUUUCACCAAGCAUUGUAUUGACUCUAUUGGCUCCAAAUGAGUCGAUCAAGGACGGAGGCGACAGGUUCUCAAUGGCGUUGUGUGCGCUAGUGGGAGAGGGGGGAUGGGUUUGCGUGAUGGUGAGUGAUCGGGGGAACACCUGCACGCACCUGCUGGGCUGUCAGCAUGCACCUCGAGGCACACGUCGUGGGCAACGCGCACGAGAGG